UCAGACAGGACUCAUAAAUAUUCAAUGACAUCAGAGCAAUUCGCAGAGUUGAGAAAAAAAUGACCUUUGAAUUUCUAUGAAGAAUGCAAAUGAGCAAAGUGUGAGCUUCAAUGCUUUUGUCCAUGAAAACUCUUAGAGAAGAUGGCUGAUGUAAGCCUGAAGGAAGUAGCACUAAUACUCGGUGUGGUGGCAGCCUGCUACUGGAACAGCCUCUUUUGUGGCUUUGUUUUUGAUGAUGUUUCAGCGAUUUUGGACAAUAAAGAUUUGCAUCCUUCUACUCCGAUAACAAAUCUAUUUCAGAAUGACUUCUGGGGCACUCCGAUGUCUGAGGAGAGGAGUCAUAAAUCUUAUCGUCCCCUUACAGUUCUUACGUUUCGCUUAAACUACUUGUUCAGCGAGUUAAAUGCAGUUUCUUACCACUUCCUAAAUCUGGUCUUUCAUGUGGUGGUUUGUGUAGUCUUCCUCAAGGUGUGUAAGCUUUUUCUGGACAACAGGAGCAGCGUAGUUGCAUCCUUGCUUUUUGCAGUGCACCCAAUACAUACUGAGGCGGUAACUGGAGUUGUGGGCAGAGCAGAACUUUUAUCAUCGAUCUUUUUUCUAGCUGCUUUUUUGUCAUAUACAAAAUCUAAAGGGCCAGAUAAUACCAUAGUGUGGACCCCUAUUGCAAUGACUGUGUUUCUAGUAGCUGUUGCAACACUGUGUAAAGAACAAGGAAUAACGGUGGUGGGGAUAUGCUGUGUGUAUGAAGUAUUUGUUGCUCAAGGGUACACCUUGCCAGUUUUGUUGGACACAGCUGUACAGAUUCUUCGAGGAAAGGGCAGUAUUCCUUUCUCUAUGCUCCAAACACUGUUGAAGCUCAUAGUCCUAAUGUUCAGUACGCUGCUGCUUGUAGUUGUCAGAGUCCAGGUUAUCCAGUCUCAACUUCCAGUGUUUACAAGGUUUGAUAACCCAGCUGCUGUUAGUCCAUCCCCAGCAAGACAGCUGACUUUCAACUACCUCCUCCCUGUAAAUGCUUGGCUGCUUCUCAACCCUUCAGAAUUAUGCUGUGAUUGGACAAUGGGAACUAUUCCUCUUGUGGAGUCUUUGUUAGAUGUUAGAAAUGUUGCCACCCUUACCUUCUUUUGCUUUCUGGGAUCUUUGAUCGUCUUCAGUCUCCGAUAUCCUGGGGAUUCCUCCAAGACUGUAUUGAUGGCACUCUGCUUAAUAGUGCUACCAUUCAUUCCUGCAUCAAACCUCUUUUUUCCUGUUGGAUUCGUAGUAGCAGAACGAGUGUUGUAUGUUCCAAGCAUGGGAUUCUGCAUUUUGGUAGCACAUGGAUGGAAGAAAUUAUCAAAUAAAAGUGUGCUAAGAAAAAUUUCUUGGGUUUGUUUGGCUGCAGUACUGUUCACUCAUGCCUUAAAAACACUGCACAGAAAUUGGGACUGGGAGUCAGAGUACACGUUGUUUAUGUCAGCUUUAAAGGUAAAUAAGAACAAUGCAAAAUUAUGGAAUAAUGUGGGGCACGCGUUAGAAAAUGAAAAGAAUUUUGAAAGAGCUCUGCAGUUCUUCAUACAGGCCACACAAGUGCAACCAGAUGAUAUUGGUGCCCACAUGAAUGUAGGAAGAACUUACAAAAACCUAAACAAAACUAAAGAAGCCGAAGAAUCGUAUAUGAUUGCUAAAUCAUUGAUGCCACAGAUUAUUCCAGGUAAAAAGUAUGCAGCAAGAGUUGCUCCUAACCAUCUGAAUGUUUAUAUCAAUCUUGCAAACUUAAUUCGAGCAAAUGAAUCUCGCCUCGAAGAAGCAGAUCAACUGUAUCGACAAGCAAUUAGUAUGAGGCCAGAUUUCAAGCAGGCUUACAUCAGCAGGGGAGAAUUACUUCUAAAAAUGAACAAACCUCUGAAAGCUAAGGAAGCUUAUCUUAGAGCUCUAGAACUAGACAGAACCAAUGCAGACCUGUGGUACAACUUGGCAAUUGUUUACAUUGAACUGAAAGAUCCAACAGAAGCCCUGAAAAAUUUCAACCGAGCGCUAGAACUCAACCCUACGCAUAAACUGGCAUUAUUCAACUCAGCGCUGCUAAUGCAGGAGUCUG